AUGUCGUCGGCUCAGGGGUUAUCGAGGCAGCAAAAGGGGAAAUCAGUUGCGGCGGCAUCAGCUCCGGCAAGGGGUCCUGACGGAGGUUGUAUCGGGGAUCUCGAGUCGACUCAUCACGAGGCGAUGAUGGACACAGUUGAUUUGUCUCGCUCCCAGAGGCUUUUGGUCGCAGAUGCUACACGGCUUGCGAGGGAAGGGAGCGAGAACGUCGCCGUGAGGGAUACGACGGAGUGUGCGAGAGACGGACAGAGCGGGGCGGUGCCCGUUGACUCGAUUACCUUGAGGGCUUGCGCAGUGGAAGACGAUCGUUCGGAAGACGAUGAUUCUGAAGCCGAGUUGUUUCCGACAACCUUCUAUCCCGAAGGGAUUUUCGAGGAGCUUCCACGACUACAUCCUGACUUAUUGCGCCCUGCUUUCGUGGCUGGUCAAGAUUGGGACGGUGUGGAGGAGACUAAGUCGACCCUGAGGAGCGUGAAGAGGGGUCUUCGGGCCAAGAACGCUACAGGCGUGACCUUCCUCAUUCUUACGAAGGAGCAAAGGCCUUGGUCUCCUCCGAUCGGGUACCAAACAGUAUACGAGUCUUAUUUCCAGGAUGACACUCGCUGUUGGUUCCCCAUCCCGCGACUGAUCACCGCGUACGCUAGGCGGCGAGAUCUCGCGAUUAGUCAGUUACUGAACGGCUCGCUGCGACUAGCCGUCACUCUAUCAGUUAAAGCGGAGGAGAUUGACAUGCCGAUGAGCGUCAGGUCGUUCGAGGAGAUGACCUCGAUAACUGAUAUGAAGGACGGAACCUACUCGGUGAAGAUGCGACCAAACUGCAAUGUGUGCGCCGGUCAUCCAAACAAAACGCAAAAUUGGCAGCGUUCCUACUUCUUCAUCAAGUCCGACGACUCGGAUUUCGAGGAGCCUCCUCGAGAGGACUAUCGGGUCCUAUGGAACCGUUCUUGUGUUGGCCAUCCUAAGUCUCCAGUCUAUCCUGAGGAUUUCCUGAAGAGCGUUCGAGCCGUCGCUUUGCUUCGGAUCUACCGUUGGUCCGAGAUUACCGUCGAGAAGAUUCGCGAGCUUAAGGACCGGAUCGCUCGAAGAGAGUGGAGAUCUUAUCUUCCGACCGUUCUUCCUAUUCGCACCAAGCGACUAGACAUCUUCCCGAAGGACAUCCAAAAGCAAGUUUCUGAAGCAAAGAGGAUGGGAACUCUUCCCGAUUUGAGCGCGAUGUUAGCCGCCCAGCUGGGACUGGCCAGCGAGGAAGGACCCUCGACGACGGUUCCUCGCACUGGUGAGAAGAAAAAGAAGAAGAAGAAGAAGAGGACAAAGAAGCCCGUUGACGAGCAGUCGGAGAAUCCCGAAGAACCGACUGAGAUUGAGGAGGGUGAUGUUCAAGAAGAAGAACUUCAACCCGAAGAGGAGGCUUAUGAGGCUGAAAUCUCGGGAGAACGGGACGAUGCGGCGGAAGUUGGUGAAGGGGAGGAAUCUGAAAUUCCUCUUAAUGCCGCCCGUCCGGACGGUUCUGAAGAAGACAGCGGAGAGUCGCCGCUUUUGAUCAGGAGACGUAACGACGAGGUUGGCGAUGAGGCGCGAUCUCCUAUUCUGGCGUCUUCUCGCGAGGGAACUCCGGUUCCCAUUGGGGAAGGGGUCGCUCAGAUCGGCACUUCUUCUCACGGCUCCGCUAUCUUGAGGAGGGUGCCCGGAGUCAACUUUCCAGACAAGGUUUCGUUUCACUAUGAGGGACCGGCCCCUUUAGUGUACGUUCCCGAGAAGUGUGGAGAGUUCCUUCGCCAAUUAAGGGGGAGGGCGAAACCUUUGCCCGCUGUGAAGGACCUCAUCUUUGGGGGUGAAUACGAGGAAGCCGUGAGGGCCAAGCUGCUGGGGGAUAGCGCGAUGAACGUCGUGAUCGAUAAGUACGACACUGCCCUGAAGGGAGCUUUGGGCGAACUCGAGCUGGCUAAGAAGGAGCACGCGGAGAAAGAGGAAGCUUCUGCUCACCAGCUGAAUGCAUCGAGGGCUGACGUCGAGAGGCUUAAUGGGAUGGUUGCUCGCAUCAUUGCUCGAAGAGACGAGCUCAAAGCCGAGUUGGAGGUAUCCCGAGGAGUCGUUCGUGAGCUCGAGCGGAAGAACGCCGAACUUGAGAGCGAGAAGGUUUCGCUCGCUGCGUCUCAUGAAAGAGAGAUGAGGCGCCUUGUAGAUUCCAAGAUCCUGGAAGUGACGAGGGAAAGAGGAAGAGUUGAGGCCGAGAUGGCCGCGAAAGCUAAUCGUCGCUUCGCUAGGAUUCGCUCCCAAGAAGAGCGACGAGCUACUAUCGAGAUAUUCGCCGAGCAAGAGAAGAAAUACGGGGAGGAAGCCGAGAAGCUUAGGGUGGGCGAGAUACCCGAGGAAGAUCUCACACUUUCUCCUCUCGUAUUGGACUCUCAGUUUGUGGAUGCUCGAAUCUUGGCGAGUCUCGAUCCGUAUGGGUCCAACGCCGGCUUGAUCGAUCCGGAGAUUGCAGCGAGCCUUCACGUUCCGCCUACUCAUCCGACCGAAGAGCGGCGCGAAGACCCGACGCUUUUUCUUGAAGGUCCUUUGGCUGAUCCAGAGAUCGUCCCGAGAUCAGACGAAGUGCAUGUUUCUCCGGCUGCUCGUGAGUCAACCGUCAGGGCUUCGGAGCUCUCCGUCCUCAACGAUCGCGAGAGUGAUCGGGAAGCUUAG